UCCUGUGAAAUUCAUGUGUCACCAUGAGCUGUGUGUGUGAGUUGUCCGUGCGUGGAUUUCUUGCUGUUGUGCUGUUGAUAAGCCUGGGCCUCUGGGGAGAAUCAUCUGCCCGUAUUGCCAAACACUGCCAGAACUUCAAUGAGGACCAGCUCACUGACAUGGGUGGUACUAUCACCUGUAGGCAUCUACCUGGUUUGGGGCCAUACGCUGAAUGCAAUACGACCGACCUUCAAGCAGACCUCACGGAGGUGAAGCGAGAUGUGAGGACACUGUGUAUCCAUCAUAGCGGUUGGACAGUUCUCAGUGGGUCUUUCUCUCGUUUCCCAGAGCUGAGGCAUCUGCACAUCUCUGGGACUUCAGUCAGGAGGGUCGAGGCCCGAGCCUUUACUGGCUUGCCCAACCUCUCCAGUUUGAUUCUACGUUUUGGAAAGUGUAGAGAAGUUCCUUUGGCUUCUGAGGCGUUUGAGGGUUUGGAGAGCUUAGAGGAGUUGAGUAUGUGGGGAUUCAAGUUCCUUGGUAUUGCAAAUGACACUUUCAGUCAUCUAGUGGGGCUUGUAGGCUUGAAUGUGGACGGGUGUUUAGCUGACCUUGGAGAUGUCUUCUGCCUGCUCCCCCCUGGCAUGUCAAGACUGCGGAAUCUGACGCUGCAAGGCACCAAUAUCACAGCCGUCAAAAACCAAGGUUGCUUCAAUGGCUCACGGAGGUGGCCCACUGAUGUUCUGUCUAAGGUGAACGUGUUAAGCAUAGAAGGCAGUCCAAUUGUUGCCAUUGAGCCAAACUCUUUGGAAAUGUUCCAGAAUCUCUCAAGUCUCUCUAUGGAUUUUAAAGGGAAAUCAGUCAGUACCAUCUGGGAAUCUGGCAUUGGGCAGGUAGAGCAACUUGAGCUCAGUGGGGAUAUUGUGGACCAUCUGCCCAUUGACUUCAAGAGGCUCUGCCAACUAGUGCAUAACCUAACAGUGGGCUCGCUGAUACUGAACUAUGUUCAAGUACCUGACCUAUCUGUGGGAGAUGUUGGCCAGUGUGGCAAAACAUUAGCAAAAUUUGAAAUUUGGCACUCCAAUGCACAGAACUUCAUGUCAAACGUUUUGGCGAAUUUGACAAAUUUGGUGGAUGUACGCAUGGAAAAAGUAGGUCUGAAUGACUCAAAUUUCUGCUUAGACGUCCAUAAGAAACUCUCAAAACUACUCUCUCUUAUUGUGACAAAUAAUAAACUGUCUGUCAUCUUAUUUAAGCAAUUUUCCUGUAUGCCCAACUUGGAAAUCCUUGACUUGAGUUUAAAUUCGAUACAGACUCUGAAUAGCAAUGCAUUUUCGUUCAUAACUAGAUUGAGAAUUUUAAAACUCACAAAGAAUCGCAUCAAGAUACUCCAUAGUAAUGAUUUUUAUUAUCUUCCAGCACUGGAGGUCUUGAAUAUUGAUCAGAUUGUGAACAUUGAGUACAUAGAGAAUCGUGUGUUCCGCAAACAGCGCGAGCUGCAAGAACUGAGGCUUGGAACGAUAAACAUCAUGUACACUCUACCCAUCAAUGCAAUAUUUGGUGGGAUUCCACCUAAAUUACGCUAUCUCAGCAUAGAUGCAGGUAACGGAACAAACUUUGUGUUCAGUGAAUUAACCGAAGCGCCAAAUGGUACACUCAUCCUUGACCUAAAGGGAGACUUGCUGGAAUCCAACAUGUGCGAUAGGCCUAAUCCAUUCUACGAAGCAGUCAGAGAGUUGAAAGUGCAGAGCAAGCAGUUCACCUGUAAAGGUGAGUUCAUGGUUUCGCAUUACCCUAACUUGGAGUCUUUCGAGUUUGAGACCCAUAUUGACAAGACCACGUUCGAUUUCACUUCGAUCAACACACUGACGCGCCUGAAACGCCUCAAGCUGACCAACCUCUAUCUGGGAGGCAGAACAGAUGCCAGGGCCAUCUUUCGCAACCUCACCAACCUCCAGGUCCUCGUCCUGAGCAACUGUCAGUUCAGGUACCUCACCUGGGAAAUGGUGCAGGACCUCACGGCUCUGCGACUGCUGCGGCUGUAUAGCACCACGCCUCUCACACUGCACGACGGUGUGUUCGACCCACUGACCUCGCUCAUCGCUGUGGUGUUCGACAGAGUCGACUUCCGCUGUGACUGUGACAGUGAUUGGCUCCUGAACUGGGCAGAGAGAGCCAUACAUGUUCAGGUACUCUACCUCCAGAGACAGAAGUGUGUGCUGCACUACAACAAGCUGGAUUUCUUGCCCACCAUGGAACGGCUGUGCCAGACAGACAUAGAGUACCUGUGCUACCUGGGGACGGCUCUGAGCAUCCUCUUCCUCUCCGCCACGUCCUUGGGGUACAAGUUUGGCCGCUGGCCUUUCCUCGUGGUCUUCUUCCGACUGCGCGGGUGGCUGGAGAGAAGAAUCGGUCGAAAGAGGAGGGACAGGAGGAGGAGAGCGGGAGAUGGGAUACAAUACCAUCUGUUAGAUGAGGAAGAGGAGGAGGAGGAGGAGCAGUUUGAUGCCUUUGUGUCUUUUAGCAGCCGUGAUGAGGCAUGGAUACUGAGGGAGUUGGCCCCUCGACUGGAGGAACAAGGAGACCCCAGGCUCAGGUUAUGUCUGCACAACAGAGACUUUGAGGUGGGUAAAGGGAUUGUGGACAACAUUGCUGAGAGCAUCUACAACAGCCGCCGCACAGUCUGUGUCCUGAGUCGCCAUUACUUGCGUAGUGACUGGUGUUCCUUGGAACUGCGUGUCGCUACACACCGUCUGCUAGAGGAGCAGAAACACAGGCUCAUCCUGGUCUUUCUGGAACACAUCUCGCCAUUUGAACUCUCCGCAUUUCACAGGCUUUCGAAGCUGGUGAAGUCACGAACGUACCUGGACUGGCCAGAGGAUGAGGCGGAGAGGGUGAACUUCUGGGAGCGCUUACGAAGAGCCAUCGCAGAAAUAGAGUAGAGCAGUCAGGAAAAUUGAUGAGAGUUAAAGUGAGGCUCAUUUCAGUAUGAGAGGUUGUGCUGAC